UAGGAGAUACAGUUUAAAAAUUCAGGAGCAAUCUAGGACUCUCCAUCCAUAAAAAAAAUAAACCCCAUGUUUUUCUUAGUGAUUUUCUUCAACUUUCUUUCAUCUCUCUCACUAUUCAUCGAAAGAUGAUGAGUUGGUGGCCAAAUAUAUGCAUGAUUUUGGUUCAGAUGAUAGUGUCUGUGGCUAAUAUCUGCUACAAGUUGGCGAUGAACGACGGCUUGCGUCUCCCUAUUUUGGUGGCCUACAGAUUCAUGUUUGGAGCUGCUUUUAUAGUUCCCGUUGCAUUAUUUGUAGAGUGGAAAACGCGACCGAAACUAACGUGGAAGACAAUCUUCUACGGUUUAUUCGGAGGAUCACUGGGACAAAAUCUCUAUUUGAACAGCUUAGCCUUAACUUCAGCAACGUUUGCCACUGCCAUGAUGAAUUUGGCUCCAGCUACUACAUUUAUCGUGGCAAUUUGCUUGAGGAACUAUAAAAGCAGCUCCAAACAUGAAUCUGUAGGCCACCAAAGCAGGGAGACGCAAGCCGUCGUUCAUCGCCAACUUGUAGAUAUUAGCCACAGACACUAUCAUCUGAACCAAAAUCAUGCAUAUAUUUGGCCACCAACUCAUCAUCUUUCGAUGAAUAGUAAGAGAGAUGAAAGAAAGUUGAAGAAAAUCUGUAACAUCCCAGAAUUUUGUGACUUUUAUUUAAUAAGUUGAUUUGAAAUUUCAAUUAUGAAAUUUCUUUGUUUCUAUGUGAUUAAGUGAAUUAUGUGAAAUAAUUCUCGUGGGUGAUAGGGAAUGAAGUAUUUGAUACUUUUAUAUUUA